CAAAAGUUUUCCUCCGACUCGCGAAAAGAGGAGUCGACAUGGAAGAAACGGAGCUGUUUGUGUGAAUAAACCAAAAGACUGCCGAAAACACUCCGCACACGGUAAAAGAAUGAUAACAUAGCUGUGUGCUGCUGGUUUUCUGUGUGAGAGGAAAAACCUCAAACUGUGGGGAAAGUUUGAAGGCUGCGGCGGCUAUGGCGCGGGACAGCGACGACCCCGGGAUGGCCAAAGCCCCAAAAGUCAAACGGCAAAGAAAGAAGAAACCCAAGGAGAACAAAACCAGGACUGUCCACGCAAACAUACUGUAUGACCACGCUAAAGGAGAGGAAAACCCGAACCGACACUAUGCAAACAACAAGAUUAAGACGACCAAAUACACCGUGCUGUCUUUCCUGCCAAAGAAUCUUUUUGAACAGUUUCAUCGCUUCGCCAAUGUUUACUUUGUCUUCAUCGCUUUGCUGAAUUUCGUCCCGGUUGUGAAUGCCUUUCAGCCGGAACUUGCUCUGGCUCCUGUGGUUUUUAUUUUGUCCGUCACUGCCAUCAAAGACUUGUGGGAGGACUACAGGAGACACAGGUCGGAUAAAGAAAUCAAUCACAUGGACUGUCUGGUCUACGGCAG